UCUGCCAAUAAUAGAAAUAUAUGAUUUAUCUCAUCCAACCACUUGGAAGGAAAUGAUGGAAUUCUAUGAAGCUGUCAAUAAUGGCUGGAAAAUAUGCGUUAACUGCGGAAUCCCAGGGCUUGGUACCGGAUUCCAUUUGGAACAUACAGUGAGACCUGGGACCAUGCAGCCAUCUAUAAUCCCAACAGAGUACCUUCUAACAAGGCUGGCUGUAAUAGAUCUAACUUCAAUAACGAAGACGAUACCCACUCUAGUUCUUUCGCUGGAAGCCGCCCUGCAGUGGAUAGUGCUAAGGCAUGAUCCACGAGAGCCAACGUUAUUACUAUUCAAUUUUGGUUGGAAAUCGAAGAGCAAACGUCGCCAGUGCAUUUGUCAGAUACCAGGACUUAGUUACGAUUUAGCGGAGUACAUUGCUACCAACCUUUCAAGAGUAGUAGGAGUGGCCACGGAUGCUCCCAGCCUGGAGUCAGAAGAAACAAGAGAAAUGACGUCUCGCACCGUCUCCAACGUGUUAGGGAGAAAUGGAGUAUAUAUAAUAGAAAAUGUUAAUAUUAAGAGGAAAAUACCUGAAAGAGGAUGUAUGUCACUAGCAAUGCCUCUAAAGAUGCUUGAAGCCGCCUAUGUACCCACUAGACUGACUGUAUUCUGUCCCUCUCAGAAGACUGACCGCUUCGUCACGAUAGCUUUGAAGAAACGGGGAGAAAUCAUCGAAUUCAUUAAAGCUGAUAAAGAUGUUGACUUGGCGGAAAUUAUGAAUUAA